CGGCCCAGUCUGGCCCAGUGCCCUGGCUCCGCCCCAAUAUUUACUAUUUAGUAAACUCCAUUGCAACCUUUAUCUAAUCUGUCCAUUUUUAAUUAGUGAUUUUUGACUUUUUCUAUAGCUAAUUGACCUUUAGGCUUUAACCCGUAAUAUGUUUGUGUAUGAAAAAUUGAUUGGUGGACGGUGGUGAUGCAGAUCAUUGGUUCCAGUACCCACGAAUAUAAGUCAGGACAACAAAAUGGGGGACAAAAGACAUCCUCACUUUUUCUUCAUCAUAAGCAUUAUCACCUUCUGCUUUCAAGCAGUGGAUCCAUCUGAUCUAGGAGCAGACAGACAAGCCCUUUUGGACUUUGCUAAUGCUGUUUUGGUUAUCCCUGGGAACCAUACGCUGGAUUGGAACCCGAGAGGUCCAGUGUGCAAUCAAUGGGUCGGUGUCAAAUGCAGCAAUGCAGCAAAUGGGAGGAAGAGAGUAGUUGAGCUUCAUCUUCCCGGGUUUGGAAUCCAUGGGUGUAUCCCAGAGCAUACAAUAGAUAUGUUGGAUGCUCUCGAAACUCUGGAUCUUGAGAAUAACUCGCUCACCGGACCGAUACCGCCUGGCCUCGGCCACCUCCCCAAUCUUAAGCACUUGAACCUAAGUAACAAUCACUUCACUGGCUCCAUUCCCUCACCCCUCGGGCGAUUUCCUCCUAAUUCAUUUGGAGGGAAUGAUAAUCUUUUCCUAUCUCACCGCCGUCCUAUUAUUACUACGACUACUACUACUACUUCUCUGGAUCUUGCGGGUGAUCUACCCGAUCCCGAUCCCGAGCACCCGCCGCCGCUUACUCUUUCCGUGUCAAGAAGGCUUCACCAAAGAAGGAGGACUUGGAGGAGUAAAAAAUCUAGAAAAGUUUGUUACAUUGUUAUAGGGUGUAUAUCCGGUGUAGCGUUUGUGUUUA